AUAAGCAUUAGGCGCUACAUAGAUUAUUGUGGUGAUUUUUGCGCAUUUGCUUAUUUGAUUUUCACUGUGAAUUUCCGGAUUGUGCAUAUUUUAUUUUCAAAAUAUUUUCCAUAGAUUAUUAGUAAAUGGGUUUGACGAAAAAAAUCUUAUCACCGGCCGAUAUACGUCAAUGGACUGCUUCAGUUGCUCUCAGCGAAAUACUUGACUUGAUCAACGGUGUCAACAACAAAAUAGUCUCACGUCUAAUUCAGAAAGAUUUGUUAACAUCUAAGGCUAUAACGUUAGUAUGUGAGGUACUUGAGAAGAUGCAACAGGCAGUCAAACAAUACCCACCUGAGGAGCAGCCACAACGAUUUGGAAAUAAAGCAUUCAAGAGUUGGUUUUCAUGGUUACAAGAGAAUGCAAUUGGGCUAUGUACCAGUAUAUUUAUUGAUCAUGGCAGUGGAGACUUCAAUGAUCCGCCGAUAUCAUAUAAGGAAGCAAUUGAUGAAGUUUCCUGUUAUCUAAUCGAGUCGGUGGGAAAUUCAACACGUAUCGAUUAUGGAACUGGUCAUGAAUUGGCUUUUUUGGCAUUUUUAACUUGUCUUUUCAAACUCAAUAUCUUACACAAGCAAACGGAUUCUGAUUCAACAGUUAUAAACGAUCUUCUAGCUAUCGGUCUCGUCGUAAUGCCAAAAUAUUUAAGCUUGGUUCGAUUACUGCAAACAACAUAUCGUAUGGAACCGGCUGGAUCUCAUGGUGUUUGGUGUUUAGAUGAUUUUCAAUUUGUACCAUUUAUUUGGGGAAGUAGUCAACUGAUUGGUAAUUUCAAUUGUAAAAAAUAUUUUUUUUUUAAAGGUUUUAAAGUCGACUAG